AUGCUCUUCCUCGAACUGCCCUCGGAACUCGUCCUCGCAUGUCUUGCCUACCUCCCGUAUCAUGAUCUCUCGUCGUGCAUCAAUGCCGGCAAUCGCCUCCUGUUAUCUACUAUCCUCGAGUCGCCCGUGACGCUGUACAACGCUGAGCAAGAGCGCGCGGGUGUCGAUGAGAACCCCUUCCAUCCCGAUACCACGCGGUCUUCUAUUGCGGAGCGUCGAGAUGCGCUGCGGAAGCGGGAGGAUAAUUGGCUUUACCUCUCACCCCAGACAUUAACUUGCCCUUCAAUCGACUUUGUAGCGUCGAGGGGCGUGUAUUGGAUUGCUGGGGACUAUUGGAUCAUUGGAGAUGCCCUUGACCCGGGCUCACUGCGGCCUAUGGCGCUCAAAUUUCUCCGCACGGGGCCAAGGAGGGAGGACGAGCCAGAAUGGCGGACCGCGGAGGCACGGUGGCGACGUGUUGUGGACUUCGUUGCCGCGCCAGAAGAGCUUGACCUUGUUGCGAUGAUAACUUACGGAGUCGUCGAGAAUACCCCGCCGACAUGCAGUAUCGAUAUCCACCUGCUGUCAUUUUCGUCCAUGUCGACCCCUCAUCCACUUGCUGCCUCUCCAAUCAUUCAUAUUCACGAUAUCAGUCUGCUGGAUGGGGCUCCGAGUAUCACCAUUGACAUCAGUGGCCGCAUAUUAGCAUUUUCCAUGCUCUAUCCCGGUGCCGCAGAUUUACAUAAAGACGGACUUUAUCUGUAUGACUGGCAAUCUGGUCUACCGCUCGCUAACCCCAUACCCAUCCAAAGCAACGGUCCUAUCGGGCUGACAUUCAUAACACCAAGAUACCUUCUGCUGUCCAAUGCAGCAUCGUUCUCGCUCGAUAUCCUGGACGUGAUGGUCUCUCCACCUCGACUUACCCACUCUUUCAAACUGCCGCCGCUAAAGCCCAAUCACCACGUAACAUCCGUCCAGUUCCGCACCCUCCCCAAUCCGAGCUGGGCCCCCGCUGCCCACCGCUUCGCGCGUUCGCACACCCGCUUCCUGCCCCGCCCCGCCCGGGCGCUGGUCCAGUGUGCAUUUAACACCGAAGAAAAUUACCUACCCACGCUGCAUGUUUUCGUGCUCCGGCGCGCGUGUCUUAUCGACCUCAUUUCGCCCCAUGAAGAGUUUAUCGAAGUCAACUGGCCAGACUGGGGUCCUACGUGCACGCGCUUCCUUGAUGCACGGAAUAUGACACUCCACCCGUGUACCACCCUCACCGGCGAGCGGCUCGUGUCGCUUGAAACCCUUCCAAGCCUCAAUUUUGGGAAGUACAUUAGGGUGUUCAACUUUAAUGCUGGAUCAGUGCGGGUGGUCAAGAAGCGCAUCGGGCGGGCAAUGGGGGACCCGGAUGUCGUGCAAGAUGACGGUGACGGGCCCACACUCUAUACUGAGUAUGCCACGGUCCGUGUCGUUGACGCCGACGCGCCACGUGACCCCGCAGCGCCCCAGCCGCUAAUCAUUACCGAUCCCGCGCCACAAGAUGAGAACGACAUGGACGUCGAUGACGCACAAGGCGAGCUCGACUUACUGUUCCCGUCUCUGGCGGUGUUCGCGGACCCCAGCAGCGUGGUCUCCGACAUUCCCUACGUCGAAAGCACCGCCCGCGCCGAGUGCGACUACUCGGCCGUCGAGAUUAACCACGAGGCAAUCGUGGGUACACGGUUCGGGCCACUACUGACGCUCUCUAUCGACGCAGUCGACGUCUUGCAUUUCGGAUAA